GGGAGCCCUGAGACAACAAUUAUUGUGUCUUUAUUUCUGUAUUCACCCACAUCUUUGUGAAUACUUCUACAUUAUUUUCUAAUUGUUUAGUUACAAUCUCAGAAGAAGUGUGAUUUUUGCCCGGAUGAAUACGAGAAGAGGUGAACCAUAAAGGAAAAAUGGAGUUUUACCUAAUGCUGACUCUUGCCAUCCUGACAGCAGUUACUGAGCAAAGACCAUUGAUUCUGAUUACUGCUCCAAACAUUGUUCAUCUGGGUGUCGAGGAGACUGUGACAGUCCAACUUCAUGGAGCCACUCGAAGUGCUGAUGUUGAACUUUACUAUGAAGAUCAACAGGCUUAUAGAACACAGACAAUAUUGUCUAACAUAGUUUUUGUUUCACUCAAUGAAGAAAAUAAUUACCAGACAGUGGUAAAACUGAAGGUGGAGCCUACAAACUAUCGUAUCGCAAGAAGCAAACCUGGAGGUCAAAGGCCAUAUGUGACACUGGUGGCAAAGAGCCCAGAAAUUUUUCAAUCACCAAAAAAACUACAUAUCACUCUGUCAACCAAAAAGGGCUAUAUUUUUAUUCAGACUGAUAAACCAAUCUAUACUCCAAGUGAAAUAGUAAAUUACCGAAUUUUCACAUUGGACAACUACAUGGUGCCGUCAGAUGAAUCUGUCAAAAUAAAUAUAUUUAACUCUAAAGGAUUGAUGGUGUAUAAUGCUGUUAAGAAAACCAAUCAAAUUCUUAAGCAACACAUAACAAUUCCAGAUGUUGAACCGGCUGGCACCUGGAAGAUUGUUGCUUCAUUCACAGACUUUCCAAUGUCCAAUUCCUCAGCAGAAUUUGAAGUUAAGGAAUAUGUCCUUCCAUCAUUUGAAGUAAAGAUAGAGUUGUCUAAGCCCUAUAUUAUAAUGAAGGAGGUGUCCUUUCCUUUUAACAUCUCUGCAAGAUAUACUUACGGGAAAGGUGUCAAUGGCAUAGCCUAUGUAAGAUUUGGUGUUAUUGAUGAACAAGGAAACAGGGUAUUCCUCCCAGGCACUGAAAUACAGACCUCAAUCAAGGAUGGUCAAGGAUAUGUCUCUCUGCUCACUACAUCUCUGAAUGAAACUGCCAGGAACCGAAACAUAACAUACCUAGAAGGCUGUCGCCUUUAUAUUGCAGUGACUACUUUUGAAAGUGCUAGUGGAGAGUUGGAAGAAACUGAAAGCAGCAUUGUGAAGAUUGUAACUACACCUUAUUCGGUUGACCUGUCAAAAACCAAGCUGUAUUUUGUGCCUGGGGGGGCCUUUUCUGUCUUGGCUACUACAACAUAUCCGGAUGGCACUCCAGUCCCAAACUUGAAAAUGAAGGCUGUUGUUCAUCUGUCAGGUGGCAAUGAGAGAGAAAUGAUUUUGGAUAAGAGUGGAAACAAAGAUGGUGAAGUUGUGUUUACCUUCCAGGUGCCUGAAAAGGCAACAUCUCUUGAUGUAAAGGUUAUUGCUGAAGGGGAAUCUGGUGACAUCAGUGAUGGACAUAUUACAGCUGCUGCUUUCCAGUCUCAAUCAAAGAGUUACCUGAGCAUUGAGGUGCAACACAUCCUCCUGGGUCCUAAUGAGGAUAUGACAGUGACUUUCAGAGACAUAAAGCCCCCUGGCACUGCAAACCCUAUUUACAUCUACUAUCUGAUGGUGAGCAAAGGCAUGGUGAUUCAAGCAAGUAGAGUACGACGGACGAGCCUCACAAGGAUCAGUCUGCCCUUCAGCUAUGACAUGGUUCCUGCUUUCCGCUUGAUCGCCUAUUACUUCACAGAACAUCAGGGAGAGGCAGAAAUGAUUGCUGACUCCGUCUGGGUUGAUGUCAAAGAUGUGUGCAAAGGAAAGAUACAAGUCACUACAUCCAGGGAGAACUACAAACCUAGGGAAUUGCUGGACAUUACAAUCAAAACAGACCAAGCAGAAAAGGUGGCAUUAUCUGCUGUGGACACUGCAGUUUACAUUCUCAACAAGCUGAACAAACUCACACCUACCAAGGUGUUCAGCUAUAUGAACUCCUAUGAUCUUGGCUGUUCAGUUGGAGGGGGUGAAGACACUAUAAACGUUUUCCGUGAUGCUGGUCUGACAUUCUUAACUAAUUUUAAAAUGGCAGCUAAAAUAAGAAUUGAUCACAUGUGUAAGAAUGGGAAGGUGCGGCCUAAACGAGCAUACAAUUACAACAGAGAAUUUUCCGCCAUAGUGAACCAAUACAGUGAUGCUGCACUAAAGAAAUGCUGCAAUGAUGGAGCGAAGUUGAGCCUAAUGAAACACUCCUGUGAAAAAAGAGUCACAAAGACAAGGCACAAGUCAUCUGAGUGCCAGAGAGUUUUUCUUGAUUGCUGCAAGAAGGCCAAUGACCUAAGGGAAUAUAUCAAGAAAACUGGGAGGGGAAAAAUGGGACUAGCAAGAAUUGAAGGCAGUGAAGAGGAAAAUGUAAUUGAUGAAACGUCUGUUCAUCUUCGGAGUUACUUCCCUCAAACUUGGCUUUGGAAAAUAUUUGACGUACCAAAAUCUGGACUUUUCCAUCACCAAGUCAACUUGCCAGAUUCAAUAACGAGCUGGGAACUUCAGACAAUAGGAAUCUCUAAAAGAAAAGGGUUCUGUGUAGCUGAACCUACACAAUUCACAGUCUUCCAGGACUUUUUUGUAUCUCUAAAAUUGCCUUACUCGGUUAAGAGAAAUGAGCAACUGGAGGUCAAAGCUGUAGUAUAUAACUACCAGCCUGAAUCACGAGAGGUCACAGUUACAAUGAAAACUGUGAAGGAGAUUUGCAGUGCAGGGAAUGUGGAUGGGAAGCAGGUGAUCACUGUUCCCGGAAAUUCAGCUGUGCCUGUGUAUUUUGCUGUGGUUCCCCUGGAAGUUCUGGAGAUUCCCAUUCACGUGGUGGCGUACUCCUCCAGCAAUGUUUCAGAUGCGAUAAAAAAGACACUCAAAGUCUUGGGCGAAGGUGUGCUCUUAUCAGAACAAGCAGAAUACAACAUCAAUGCUACAGAUGGCAAAAAAUUGGAAAUUGACAUUCCAAGCCUUGACAAUUCUAUUCCUGGGAUAGAGUCAGAAGCAUUUGUUAGUAUUAAAGGCGGUGUUAUGGGAGAAUCUGUGGAAAACUGCCUCAACUUGGAAGGAGUUGAUAAGCUCAUUCAGCUUCCAAAAGGCUGUGCGGAGCAAACCAUGGUGACAAUGUCUCCAGCAAUACACGCCAUGAGGUAUCUCGAUGCCACCGAGCAGUGGAUAUACCUGAAAGCCGAGCGCAAAGACGAAGCCAUUGAAAUGAUUCAGAAUGGCUACAAUAGAAUACUCACCUUCAAAAAAGACGAUGGAUCAUAUGGGGCAUUUUCUUGGACUCCUAGUAGUGUGUGGUUGACAGCCUUCAUUGCAAAGGAGCUCACCAGAACCAGACGCUAUAUAGACAUUGAAAAUGAAUAUAUUCGUCAGUCGGUUUUUUAUCUCAUAUCCCAACAACUUGAGAGUGGCGCUUUCCAUGACCAACACCCAGUUUAUGACAGGACCAUGCAGGGUGGAGUUGGGGUAUUUGAAGGAGAUCUUUCAUUGACUUCCUUCGUGAUAAUUGCAAUGCAUCACUCCACAGAAGUCCUCCAGCAGCCCAACAUUACAGAAGUGACACAUUCAAUAAAUAAGGCUGUGCAGUAUUUGGAGCAGAAACUGGAUUCUAUUCAACGGCCUUUCACUAUCGCUAUUACAGCAUAUGCUUUGUCUCUAACUAAACUCAGGAGUGCUGCUGCCACUAAAGCACAACAGAAGCUGAGAGAUCUUGCAAAAUGUGAUGAAGAAAAGAAAAUCUGCCAUUGGGAAGGGAAUGGUAAUUUACAACUAAAACAAAAGGAACAAAAAUCAAAGGACCCUCAGGCAGACUCAAUAUCUGUGGAGACUACCGCCUAUGCCCUACUCCAGACAUUACUGGUAGAAGACAGAACAUAUGCAACAUCGGUGGCUAAGUGGCUUACAGAACAGCGCAGAUUUGGAGGGGGAUUUCGUUCCACACAGGACACGGUUGUGGCUUUAGAGGCUUUAGCAGAGUACAGUAUUAUGAACCUGGAUUUGCAAGAUUUCAGCCUGACUGUGGAACUCUGUCACGGGAAAGGCAAAAAGGACACCGUCUCCCUCACUAAAAUAAAUGCCUUAACUGAGCCAACACACAAGGUCAGACCAGGAUCAAAGCUUGUUGUCAAUGUUGCUGGAAAAGGAAGUGGAACUUUGACACUUGUACAGAUAUAUAGGACUAUGAAGGUGACAGACUCUGCAUGUGAUUAUUUUCAUUUACAUGUAAGCUUACAAGGAGAAGUUCAGUACAACUACAAUGAUUAUGGGGACAACCUGGAUGAUUAUUAUAACUAUGACAGCAUCCCUUCAGCAGAUGAGCCCAUGAGCAGGAUUGAGUGGUUUGAUCUGCACACAAGGAGACAAAGACGUGAAAUUGACACCAAGGAGAAGGAGAGCUCUGUCUUGUACACUGUGUGUGUGAACACAAUUGGGAGGAAUUCUUCAGGAAUGGUGAUUGUAGACAUCUCACUUCUGAGUGGAUUGGAACCAAAAACACAGGAUCUAGAAGAUCUGGUGAAAUCUACAGACAAAUACCUUGACCAUUAUGAUCUGGAUAAAGGAAAACUGUUUCUCUACUUUAAUGAGAUAACAGACACACAAGAAUGUGUGACAUUUGCAGCAAAACAGAUUGCUCCGGUUGGCUUGGUGCAGCCUGCUAAUGCAGUCAUCUAUGAUUAUUAUAACCCUGGUAGGAGAUGCAAUGUGUUUUACAGUGCACCCAGGCAAAGCCCUAUGGUCUCUAAGCUGUGCAGUAAAGAUGUAUGUGUCUGUGCAGAAGGACGCUGCCCCAAAAUUAAAUCAACCUUCAGUAAGAACAUGAAUGAAGAUACUCGCCGAAGUUUUGCAUGCUACAAACCAAUUGUAGAUUAUGUUUAUGUGGUGACUGUCCUUAACACAACCCAUGAUGGUGUCUUUGAGUAUUUUGCUGUCAAGAUUACCAAACCCCUAAGAAUCAGUAAAGAUGAAGCCAUACAAACCGGUCACCUCUUUCGCAACCUGGUCAAGCGACAUUCUUGUGAAUUUUCAAUGAAAGUAGGCAAGGGAUAUCUGGUGAUGGGUAAAGACGGAGAAACCACAGACACUACUGAUACCAAUGGAAAUAUCCAAUAUUUCCUUAAUCAUGAAACAUGGGUUGAAGAAAUUCCGGAAGAAGGAAAAUGCAAGGCAAGCAAAAGCCGAAAAGCUUGCAGUUUACUCCAUGAUUUCAUGCAGGAGUAUGAAAUAAACCAAUGCAGGUUUUAAAUGAAAGCAUUGAUUUUCAGCUCUAAACAUAUCACAUUACACUACUAAAAGGUAAUGUAUAGAAUGUCACUGUUAGACAAAACGUACAAACUAUUAAAACACUACACCUUUCCUUUAAAUCAUACUCAAAUGCUUCCUAAAGUACUUGUGCAUGUGACAAUAAACUGAAGUAAAGUAUGAUUACAAUAAAGUACAAGAAACAGUUUAUCAUAUUAAAGUUUCUGAGCAUCUUG